AUGGCUUCACUCGCCGAUGAACUUCUGGCUGACCUGGAUGGACUCUCCGGAGAGGAAAAUGAGUAUGACAACAACGAAGAGCAGCAGCCUGAGGCCGGGGCAUCCACUUCAGCGGGAGUCAAGCGCAAGGCACCGGUGGACGAGGACGAGGAAAUGUCGGACGUAGAGGGCGGAGAGACACGGGAGGAUGAUGAGGAAGACAAGGCGGUGGGGAGCUUGGUGCUGGAAGGGGGUGUCAAGCCUGCAGAGGAAUUGGAUGCGGAGGAGGUACAGCGUAUGGAGCUUGGCGCGAUCGACGAUGUGCGGAAGGUAGCGAAGCUGGAAGGUAGCAAGCGAAUGAAUGAUACCUUGAGGGAGAUUGAGAAGUACCAAGCCAAUCCGAGCACCUCAGAGCAGAUGGCGCUACCCACCCACUCGAAUCCCGAGUAUAACCUCAUCGUUCAAGCCAACAACCUCUCUGUGGACGUUGACAACGAGAUCCUCGUCGUCCACAAGUUCAUCCGAGACCACUACGCGCCCAAGUUCCCCGAAUUGGAGCAACUAGUGACCGACCCGCCGAUGUACAUCCGCACAGUCCGAGCUCUUGGCAACUCAGAAGACCCUACGAAGGUGAACCUUCAAGGAAUUCUCCCGCCCGCUAUCAUCAUGAGUGUCCUUGUAACUGCAACUACGACCACCGGCCAACCUCUGACGGAGGCGAACUGGGCGGCCGUCCAAAGAGCCUGCGACCUUGCUGACCGCCUGGAGGAGGCGCGCAAGAAGAUCUUCCAGUACGUUAGCUCACGAAUGAAUAUCCUUGCACCCAACCUAUCUGCCAUCGUCGGUACCACCACAGCUGCGAAACUGCUCGGUGUUGCGGGUGGUUUGUCUGGCAUUGCCAAGAUGCCGGCGUGUAACGUCUAUCUUCUCGGCGCGCAAAAGAAGAUCGCUGCUGGUUUCUCGACGAUAAUGCAGCGGAAACACACCGGCUUCGUGUUCCAGUCCGAGCUUGUACAAGGAACGCCACCAGAGUAUCGCAUGAAAGUGCAACGGACGGUAGGUGCGAAGUGCACGCUGGCCGCCCGCAUGGAUUUAGAGAGAUCUCGUAGAGAUGGUUCAUACGGUCAACAGCUCCGAGACAAAAUUGAGAAGCACAUCGACCGCCUGGCAGCGCCGCCACCCAGCAAGAUCGUGAAAGCGUUGCCCAUCCCGAACGACGGCCCUAAGAAGCGUCGUGGAGGCAAACGCGCGAGAAAGGCGAAGGAGGCGUAUGCACAGACGGAACUCCAGAAGCUGCAGAACCGCAUGGCAUUCGGCACGCCCGAGGAGGAGGUGGGCGCAUUCGACCAGACCAAGGGCCUCGGCAUGAUUGGUACCGGCAAGGUGCGGGCAGGCGUAGGCGAGGCGAAGAGCCGCGGUGCGUACCCCUAUCCCCAGGCGUACUCCCACAUCCUUGGUCGGGGAGCGAGGAGCUUCUCGUCUUCCUCGACGAUCUUCGCUAGCGCUCUGCUGUUCAUUUUCUCCAAGCUCUCGAAGGCGAACAAGCUCCGCGUGGCGGCCCUUACGAAAGCCGCUCAGAGCGGCACAGCAACUGCGACGUCCGGAACCGCGACGUCGCUCACUGUCACUCCUGUGCAAGGUUUCGAGCUUACGAAUCGUGCUGCCGCCGCGGCGCGCGUCAAGGAAGCGAACGAGCGUUGGUUCUCGAAUGGCACGUUUUCGUUCGUCGGGCAGAAGGGGACGACGACUCGGAAGUAG